AUGUUCUGCCUGCUUAUUCAUCAAGUUUGGCACAGCAAGUCAUUGCGGGUCGACCUGUCUCUAUCUCUAAAUGGAUUUCAAAUAAUUUAUCGCACGAUAUCGACUGCAAGGAAGAGUUUUUGUGACAACGAUUAUAUCAGGCAAUGCGUCAUUCCUAACGAGGCUACAGCUACUGUUUCUGUUAUUCUCGUUGGUUUCAAAUGCCAAACUGUUUAUUUCCGGGAGAGCUAUUCCACAUUUGCGACACCAAAAGAAUGAUGCUAUAAGUUCUACUCAGUCAACUCAGAAACAGUAUUGACGCCAGCAGCCCUCAACUCCCAGCCUUAAAGUAAAAGCAUGGAAUCAUCAGAUGCCCAGCGGGUCCGGGAUGGCUCUCAGAAAAGGUCUGCCAUAGAUCUGAUCAUGAACCAGAUCCGAAGGAAGGCCUCUUUUGAAAGGCGACAGAGACCUGUUGGCUUCCUCUUCAGGCCUGGGGAAAACAAUGACAGGAAGAGCAAAGGCAUCCCAGAGAUGAAGGAGUCCGAUAGCUCUGAGGGGAAAAGCACAGUGUCAGGAACAGGAGCUGAGGUGGCUAGUCGAACCACUUUUAAUGGGGUCUCUGUGAAGUGUGACAGAAUAGACUUAACUGAUGAAAUGAAUAUAUAUACAGACCCCGUGGAUAUGGAGGUCGGCUCUGUGGUGGGCUGGGGACGCGUGAAGCAGUUUGUGGAGAAGUUGGGGAAGAAACCAGACAGCCAGGCUCUCAACCUCAGUCACUGUGACCUUACAGCCACGGACAUGGUGGAGCUGGCAACUCUGUUGCCCUUCCUGACCCAGUUAGAGGUAGUAGACCUGUCUUGGAAUGACCUGGUCGGAGGCUCACUGAAGGCUUUGACCUUUCACCUGCAGCAUGUUGGGAAGUUGAGUAUUCUGAGACUGUGUGGCUGCAGGAUAACAGCCCAAGACCUUACAUCACUUGGUGAGAGCCUGGACUCUGUCCCUCUGCUGGAGAUUGUCGACCUGUCCUGGAAUGCAGGAGUCGGGGGAGAUAGCCUGCACAGCCUCACCGGCCAGCUCCGCUCUGGCUGCAUGAUCAGGGAGCUUCGCCUGGUCGACUGCCAGCUCAUUGAUGCGGAUAUGAAGGCACUGGGCCAGGCCCUUCCCUUGAUGUCAAGUCUAGAGGACUUAGAUAUUUCAUGCAAUAGGAUCACAACUGGAGGAAUGAAAGAACUGUUCUCUUGUUUGAAUGCAACUCAUGGACUGAAGACACUAAUGCUACAUAUGUGUGGCCUUGAGCAGGAUGGCCUCUGCAUCCUCGGUGAAGCACUCCAGUUCUUUCCGACCCUGGAGCGCCUAGACCUUUCUGCCAACAAAGGGGCCAGUGGAGGACUUGCCAAGAUGACCAAGAACCUGGCACAGAUGACUCACUUGUCCUGCUUGGGUAUCCAUUUGUGUAGCUUGUCAGAAGAGGAUGUAAUGGCCUUGGUCCAGGUAAUACCCUCCCUCAGUGCUCUUACAGAGCUGGAUGUGUCAUCAAAUAAAAAGAUUGGAGAUGCUCUGCAGUCUCUCCUUACUGCACUUCCACUUCCCAAGAUGCGCAAACUUCUUCUGAACAACUGUGGCCUGAGCACAGACUCAUAUCAAGCACUAGGCUCGGCCGUGCCGUCGCUUUCGCAGCUGGAGCGGCUGAACGUGUCGUGGAAUAAGAGCGUGGGAGGAAAUCUGGGGCUGCUGCUGGGAGGCCUGCUGAGCACAUGCAAGCUGCAGGAGCUGCGACUGAGCAGCUGUGAUCUAACCACAGAGGAUGUGCUUCACUUAGCGUCUGCCUCCAAGCAGGGGGUGCUCUCCCAGGUGAAGCAGCUCGACCUGUCAUACAAUGGGACGGUGGGCGAUGCCGGCUGGGCGGCGUUGUUUGACGAGGCUGGAGGCCUGAAGGCCUUGGAAGAGCUGGACGUCAGCCGGAGGCCGGCAUCGUCCGCAGCAGCGUCCCCGUGGCUGGCUGGCCUGCUGGAGGCCCUGCCCAAGCUGCCCUCUCUCAUGCACGUGGCCCUGCAGCACUGGGUCCUACAGCAAGAGGAGAGGGACAAACUGGAUAAUGUCAUGAACAAGAGGAAACUCACAGUGGAAUGUGACAAACAGAGCUUACCACCAACCUAGUCAGAUCAACUGUGGAGGUAGAAAGAAGAUGUGAUUCUAUAAAGCGCCAUGACAAAACAAAACAAGAAUUGUUCCAAAAUUGAAUUACUGAAUGGUACACCAAAUUGUAACUGAAAACAGUAAGCAAAGAAUAGCUCCAAGUUCAAUGAAAUAGAUGAUCGAUUAACAUUGCUGUAGCCUAUUGCUAUUUCCACCAUGGCAAUGAUGUCCUAAUCAAAAUUAGAUAGAUUUACAUAAAGGCAUUUAUUUGGUAAAAAUGA